ACCAAUCAUACUCACACAUUCACACUCUGGACAGAAUGAUCAAUAAGGAGUCGCAGUCUUCAGACCACCUAACAACAGCCUCACGCAGAGGGAUGAUGACAAAAGUAGCAGUAGUUUUGGCCGCCUCCUUUCUGCUGGCCAGUAUAGCAGUCAUCAUUGCCAUAGCAGUUGUUCAAACUCAUAAGAGGACUUACAUAUCCCCUGGACUGAAGUAUGGUAUUGUGCUGGAUGCAGGCUCCUCCAGGACUACGGUGUAUCUUUAUCAGUGGCCUGCUGAAAAAGAAAACAACACUGGUGUUGUGAGCCAGACCACAAAAUGUCAGGUUGAAGGCCCUGGGAUUUCAGAUCUACAUAUAGAUGAGGCUCAGGACAAGAAAACAUGGAAAAGUUUAGAAUCUUGCAUGGCACAGAUAACCAAGACCAUUCCUACCAAUCAGCAUAACACAACCCCUGUCUUCCUCGGGGCAACAGCAGGGAUGAGACUCUUACACUUGAAAAAUGAAGAGAUGUCCAACACUAUCCUGAAAGACAUGCAGAGGUAUCUUAGCUCUUUUCCCUUCAAUUUCCAAAAUGCUUCCAUCAUCUCUGGACAGGAAGAAGGCCUUUAUGGCUGGAUCACUGUCAACUAUCUGAUGGGGAACUUCCUGGAGAAAGAUCUAUGGAAUGCCUGGGUACAUCCUCAUGGAGCUAAAACAGUCGGCUCGUUGGACUUGGGAGGAGCCUCCACUCAGAUUGCCUUCGCUGUUACAGAUGAUGCCAGAGGAGAAGAUGUUAUUAAAGUUUCGCUCUAUGGCUAUGAAUACAACAUCUACACGCACAGUUUCCUCUGCUAUGGGAAAAAUGAAGCUGAGAAGAGAGUUUUGGCCAAACUUUCAAAGGAUGCCACCAACUGGGCUAAUGUGAGGAACCCCUGUUAUCCUGCUGACUACAACAUCACCAUGCCUGCAGAAGAGGUUUUUGGAAGUGAAUGUACAAAGAGUCAGGCUCCUCCGAGGUAUAUCCCACAGGGAAAUAUCACUUUCUCCGGACAGAGUAAUCCUGAACAGUGCAAAGCCUUGGUCAGGAGUAUCUUUGACCUGACAUCCUGCCGUGGAGCUGAGAACUGCUCGUUUGAAGGAGUUUAUCAACCGCCAGUCAGUGGAGAGUUCAUGGCCUAUGCAGGGUUCUACUGGACCGCCUCGGCUCUUAACGUGAAGGGUUCCAAGAGUAUGGAGAUAUUUAACAACAACAUGAAGAUGUUCUGCUCAAAGAACUGGAAAACUCUCAAGCAAACCUCAGACAUCAAAGAAAACCAUCUGAAGUCUUACUGCUACUCGGCAAACUAUGUGCACACUAUUCUUGCAGAUGGAUACAAGUUCAACACAGACAACUGGAAAAAUCUAAAUUUUCAGAAAGAGGUGAAUAAGACCAGUAUAGCCUGGUCCCUGGGCUACAUGCUUGCACAGUCCAACAUGAUCCCAUCAGAAGGGAAAAUCCUCAAGCUACCCAUAAACAACGUUCUCUUCACUGGACUUCUCCUCAUGUUCUCUGCUCUAACUAUUAUCACCCUAACAUACCUCGUCAUUGCGCUGGCGCGCUUCUGUUAUUGAGUUUUUGUACUUGUUUCAUGCCGGUAAGACUAGUGUCCCCUUUAGGGAGGUUUUGUAAGUCAGGAAAGAUCCUGAUGUGUCACUGCAGAUCCACCUUCUAGAGGAGGAAUUUAAAUUUUAGGAACCUCAAACUACUGUUUUGAAAGUCCAACAGUGCUGAAGUUGUCAAGGUGGAUCUUAGUGUAUUGGUGACUUAAACAGAUGUGUUUUAACCUGUAAUAAAUGUAAUAAAAUAAAAAGCAAACUUCUGUUCACUAAAGGGAAUGUACAGGUCUUCCUAGUCAAGCCAUAGCAAGCUCUUAUCCACAAUAUUCCUGAGUCCCAUGACGCUUUGCGUGCGAUGUGGGCAGAACUUCCGGUUAAGCACAAACAAUCGUUAUGUUAAAAUGCCAGAAACUUCAGAACAAAUGAUCACAGAAUUAUAGCGAUAUUGUUCUUCCCCACCUAUCCAUUAAUGAUUAUGGAUUUCAGGAUGAUGGCCAAAUAUCACAAAUAUAGAAGCAUUUUAGUUAUUUUGUUGAGUCUUUAUCCAUCGAUGGAAGAACCUGAGCAGACUAACCUGAAAAACUAUGUAGCCUAUUAGCGCCUUUACAGCUGUAAAGUAGGACAUGUUUUGAGAACUGUAGAUAAGUAUGGUUAUUUUAAAGCAUAUAUUGAGUUUAGCCAGAACCUGAAGAGUUUGUUGUACCAAGAUUAUGUACUUACUGCAGAUACAGGGGAGGUCCAGACAGCAGGAUGCUCGUGUAUUACAGGACUCAGGCGAUGAUACUGUCAUGCUGCUGUUUUUUGGAUAAAAUAGUUAUUUUGCGGGAGAUGACUGUGUAGUAAACUCAAUCUAGCUUUAUAAUUGUUAGUUUACAUACAUAAUCUCCGUAUCUAAAUGCUAUAACCUACAUUAAAUGUUUUAGUGUUGACUGAACAACUGAUCCUGUUGACAGAUUGAAUUUACUGUUCUUGUGUAGCAUUGUACACAAAAGUUCAGUGUUCUUUGUAAAGCAACUAUAAAACAGUAUGCAUUAUUAAAAGCACUGUACAAAUACAUUUAAUUGAUAAUGAAUUAAUGUCCACACUGUUUUCCAAAUCACCUUUUCUCCUUAAGAGAAGACAUGCACAUUCUGCAAAGACACUCAAAAGAAAGUGAAUUGCAGGCAGGAAAGAGGAAAAUCAUAAUACAGUUGGUUUCAAACAUAAUAAAACAUGUCACUACUGUACACGUCUCAUCGAAUAAUUAUGGUCUUCACCUGUAGAAUUUAUCCAUUUAGCAUCAUAGCAUGAAAACAGUUGAAAACAUCGUCACUAUUCACAGACAGUUCAGGAAAAACACAGUUCCAUUUUAUACUCAGUUUUGCCAAGGCCAACACUGAAUGGAAAUGAACAAACUCUCAAAAUGUCUAAUGAACUUUCAGCACAUGUACACACACCUGUUAGCACAAUAAUGCUAUCGUUUAUGUAAUUCAUUGCGUUCCGUUUCUGGACAUCUAUCGCAGCCGGGCCGUAACGGUGGAUAAUAUAAGUAAUCCCCGCCAUUGACUUCUUGCCAAUAAAGUGGAAAGAGCACACAAACAAAUUAUUCCAAGCUUUUUCAAACAGAUGUUCCUAAAUCAAUCCUUCUGUAGGCAGCUGAUGGAAGAAGCAGCAUCUGGGACUGGAGCGCUGUGCUUUGUGAUUGGUUUCUGAUCAUAACAUUGCUGUUUUAGGUAAAACUUUAGUUUCGCUUGAUAACCAUUAAUUGCACACAUUGUCCAGGGAAUUUUAAAGACAUCUUACAACAUUUAAAAAGCAAGAAUCCAACUGCAUGGCACGCAAGCAAGCAGUGACCGGCUACACACAAAACGCCAACCAAUUGCACUCCCGUUAGCCAACCAGAAAUUCUGCCCACCUUGCGAAAUACAGUGGACUCGCUGAGAAUAUUGUGGAGACUGUGGAUUUGAAUGAAGACACUGCAGAGUAAACAGCUGUAGCUUAUAUCAAAUGUAUCUAUUAUGGUCUUGGCAAUGUUUUGAUUGUGUAUUGCAUCUAAUGUUUGUCUCACUCCAUUGCAUCCUGCCUUAUGUAUUUUACAUAUCUAUUUCUGCAUGUGCUCUUCGGCACACAUUGCCUUUGGUUGAAAUAUGUCAUAAUACUCGAAAUAAAUGUUAUAGUUGUUAACUGACAGUGCAAACAGACUGAUGAUUAUAUGGCUUGAAGUUGCAGUUUACAACCAAAAAGAGCGUUAUAUUUUAUAGUAUGUGUUUUGUGUGUACAGUAUGUUUUGCUGUUAAAGGUAACACUUCAUAAUACCUUUAAAUUGUAAACAAAUAUUAUAUAGUGAUCUGUUAAGCAUUAUAUAAUGUAGCCAUGUUUGUUAAUGUUAUUAAAGUUCAUAUAAAUUGUUAUAAGUCUAAUGACACAUUGUGUCCUGAAUAUAGAAAAAGUUCACAUGCACAAACCUCAAGAAUUGAUGCUCAA